AUGAAGGCUAAAUUAUGGAGACAGGGAUUGCCAACCAGAAAAUGGCAUUUUGGGACUGUGCAAAAAGGUAGUAGUCAACCUACUGGGUUUGAUGCUCCGGGUAAUCCAGAAUAUCAGAUCAACAUUCCGAUAAGUGAUGUAUUUUAUGACCCACCUGUUCCAGCUGUUGGAUAUGUUCCACCGGUUUCUCGUCCUGCAAUUCCUGGUGGUAAUUUCAUUAUUGAUCUUUACGAAAUUCAGCAG